AUGGGGAAACGGCUCUCCCGUGGGCGGAAGGAUCUACUCCUUCUUGCCUUCGGCAUCCUGACCGGAGCAAUCCCACUCGGCUCUGAGAAUCCACUGCUUCCGGGAAAGAUCAACCACAAUCCUACACCGGCUCUCAACUUCACGACUGUCGCCGCCGCUGUCAUUAACCCUGCCGGGGUAGCCAUCAAAGGCUACGUCCAGAACAACUGUAAUUUCCCCAUCUACGUCCAGUACGCAACCUGCUGUCCCCCAGAAAGGCGCAUGAAAGGCGACGGCUGCGUCGACGAUCUUCAGACCCUCCAUCCCCGAACUGGCUACUGGUCUUCAGGUGUUGCCGUCCCCGAUGCUUGUUCGCAAACGAUCCGCAUGUACAAGUUCAAGGACUCCAGAGAGGUUUACCAGCUCGAAUACAACGUGGAUGUCAACGGAAUCGUGUGGUACAACCUCAGCUCGGACGAUGGCUCUCCUUUCACCUCCGAAGCGCGGUUCCUCACCGUCGGUGAGGGGUGUAUGUAUAUGUACUGCCGGCCCGGCGACGAACCGGCUGUUUGCGAUUGGCCUCACCAUUUGGGCUCUUGCUCUGCCAGAGAUGUCAGGUUCUACCUUUGUUAG